AAGAGAGUCAGCACAGAGCUGGAUGUCAGUUAAAGGAGCUGACAGCUCUUCAUCUCCUGUGUGGUUGAUUGUUGGACUGGUUUGUGGAGUCUCUCUCAUUAUUAUUCUCCUGCUCUUGUUGUAUCGCUGCAGAAGAACCAACAGUGCUGCUAAUGAGCAGACGCUCAAUCAGGCUGAAGAUCAGCAGCAAGUGUACUCCUCUCUUCUUCAUGGUGUUCGUUGUGUCUAUGAGACAGUCAGAAGAUGUGAAAACACUGAAAAUGGUUCAGCAGAAGGUGAUUACGCCAAUGUCACAUCUGUGAUUCAGCUCAAAGUCAUUAACAAGACAAGGCAACGUGGUGACCCAGAGGAGAGCUCUGACUACAAUAAUGUCAAUCCAAAUUCAGCCUCAGCUCUAACAUGAAGCUAAACAGAAGCUUGUAAGUUCAAACAGGAAGAUCUGUAAUCACAUGUGUCUGCUUUACAUCACUUCCACUUUCUCAUGCUGUCAAGCUCAAUGUGACAUCACUGGUCUUGUCCAAUCAUCUUUCUGCCAGUCUGUUCAGCCCAAUCAGCUUUCAUUCCACAGUCUUUACUCACUGCUCAUGUGUCAUUCUCCCUUACAUUUGACCUCGUGCAACCCACCUCCAUCUCCGCCUCACCCAUGUUAGUCAGGCUCCAUCCAAGCCUCCAUCUUCAUCUCCACCACCAGCGUCUAGACUCCAGGAAGUCCUGUUCUGUUCUGCUGUGAUGGGCCAUCGGGGUCUAAUCACCAAUAAUAUGUUUAUUUCUUUCAAAUGAUCUCUCCUUAUUGAACUUUUAACAGCAGCCCUUUAGCUGUUUUUAUUUUUUGUAUUUAAAGUCACUUUGAGUGAACAGGAGAAGAUUCUGAAUACAAAGCAAUGAUUGUGACUCGACCUCUUAACAUCUGUUUAAGUGUUUCUGUUAUUGUAAAAUUAUUAGUGAACUGAAGGCAUUUUUUGGACUUUCUCUCUUAUUGCAUUCAUACUAAUAACAUCCAUACUAAAAGGCUUUCUAGUGUGUACUGAGGUAUCACAUUACUGCUAAACAUCUAAAAUUUAUUGUUAAAAAUUGGGCUCUGCUAGCUUAUUGUUGUUUCAGUGUAAUGUUUAAAUAUAAAUAAACAGUAUGGAAAUAUUUUCUUUCAAACUUUCAUGCAAGUUUGUUUUUCCACUUUGUGAAAGUUAUUAAUGACCGUUAAAUGCAAAGCUUGUAUCAGUGUUUCUAUUUUAAGUGUUUGUGAAUGAUUCAGUACAAUAAUUCAACACUCUUACAUUGUUCACCGUGUCACAGAACGGCUCACCGCUGGCUCUCUGAAAUGAUUUCUCUGCCACCUCAGGCGUGGUCACAUCAUGAACCCAGAAUCUCAGUUUCUUCCUUUUUUGGUUUAGUAAAAUCAGGAUCUGCUCGCUUCAUGCUGACUGUUUUCUUCUUUUCUUUCUUCGUGCAUUUUUUAAGGAUGCAUUUCUCGCAAAAAUGCAAUGUAUUCUGUGAAAAUGAAGGACACAGGACUACAAGGCAGAUGAUAAAGCAUUAGAAC